CCUUUGCACUCGCUCUCCUGGACCUUUCCCUAUAAAUGAGAAGGCACGACUCUCCCCUCCACAACAGCUUUCUCCCAUCCACCCUUCUUCUGUGAGAACUUCGUGCUUGACAUCUACCUGCCAGACAUGGACCCCAACUGUGACUGCGUGAGCGGUGGCUCUUGUAACUGUGCAGGCUCCUGCAAAUGCAAAUCCUGCCGAUGCACCUCCUGCAAGAAAAGCUGCUGCUCCUGCUGCCCAGUGGGAUGUACCAAGUGUGCCCAGGGCUGUGUCUGCAAAGCCCCCCAGACUGAGAGUUGCAGCUGCUGUCACUGAUGCUCCUGCCUCCUUGUGCCUGUAAAUAAAGGAAUCUGUACAGAUUUGGCUUUUACAUAUCAUGGACGUAUUUUCUACUGCCCUUUCCCUCUGAAAUGUGUGAAUGGAAAUAAACUUAUUGAACAAUA